GAAAUACCUCUCAAAAGAUGUAGUGGGGUUGGGAUUUAGUUCGGCGAUAUCCAGAGCUGUCAAGCCGCUAUUAUUUUGCUGUCUAGCCACCAAAACUGGCACCCUAAAGUUGUAAUAUGACAAAGAUGUUACCCCAAUAUUACCUUGUAUACAGCGAUUGACUUGGAUGGCUUUGAUCAAUGCUGGUGCACCAAGAAGUUCCAGUCCAGUUUCAGAAAGUCUUAGAUCAUUCAAGCCAGAAGGAUUCACAUUACCAGGUGGUCACAAAGGCUCUGUUCCCAACUUGGGAAUGGCCACUUUGGCUCAGAAAACAGCUUUCCAAUUCUUUCUUGAACUAGUUGAUUUACGGAAUCAACAUCUUCCUUCGACAUAUUCUGUACUAAAGAAUUCAGGCUUCUUGAUAGUGCUGCAAAGAGCAACAAUUAUGUCAAUGCAGCAACAGAUGAAUGAAGACACAUCAGAGCUAGUCAUAGAGGCUUCAGACCAUAAUGGCUAA